UGUUGCAAAGGGAUCUGGAGUAUACCACCAACAGAGAAACCAGUGUGACUAAGAAAGAUAGAAACGCUCCCUGCUACCUUCUGUCUCUCUCUCUCUCUUUCUCUCUCUCACUCUCUUUCUAUUUGAUUUGUAGUCAUGGUUCUUGCUUUUCACUGUUUUCCCACCUGUUUUCUCUGAACGUUUCCUGUGUGCCUGGACAGUGGCUGCAUCGAUGGGUUGUGGCAAUUCCUCUGCCACCAGCACGUCAGGAGGGGGUCCAGCAGACGUCUCCAAAGAUGUGACAGAGGAGCCCUCUCCAGAUGAGGAGAAAAGAAGGAACUAUGGAGGGGUGUAUGUGGGCCUGCCAACUGACAUGACUGCCGUAGCCUCCAGCCAGUCAAAGUCCACACGCAAAGACUAGACGUGACUGAAGGAACAUAAUCACAGACAACACAGGACUGUACAUAUUCACCCACCAACAGACCUUCCCAGAGAGAGAGCAACGCUUGCUCCCACACUGACUCACCAGUCACCACCGUGUGGAAUGAGGCUGUGUCCAUCUGCCGGGCCAUGAAGGGGAAUGAGGCGUCUGCCUGCUGGGGGCUUGUUGAACCUGUCUCAGACUGGCACAGGGACCCUCAACAGAGGCCUUUGUCUGGGAGCACCAGCUCUCUGUAGGGGCACCACUAGUCUGUGGGACUCUGCCUGAGGAUGAGCUGGGAGAGGUGGAUGCACGACUGGAACCCCACCAGCACUCGGCAGCCUCUGCAAUAAUAAUCAAAGCAUCUAUUUUCAAGCUGGGAUUUAAGGAUUCAUGAGUCGUCUGGUUUCGAUGUUUAAUGUAGAGAGAGGGAGAGAGCAAAUGAGGAGAGAAGAGGGGGAGGGGUGGAGGGGGAGUAAAAGCCAAGGAAAGUCACACAAGGGAAAACCUCGUUCCUUUGAGCACGAGUGCAGAGACCCCUCAGACAAACACAGUUAUCGAAGAGAUAUUCAGAUAUUAUAGUCUGCGUGUUUCUGUCAGAGUAAUGCGCGUUGCUUUACUGUUAAAUUAAGCACUGAUGUCUGGUUUAAUAAAAAGGCUGACGAU